GCUCAGCUCGGGUGCGAGUAAAUGACACCGUUUCCCAGCGCCUGGUUCUUCAUGGCGCUGUUAUCGUUUUAAAGGUGAGUCCAACUGUGUCUGCUCACGUUGUGUUGAGCUCCAUCACCUCCAGGGAGCCAGCGGUGAGGCUGGAGUCUCUGGGCCCCGCAGAGGAAACCUAACGGCCGCCACCAGACCGAGCUGAGCGCCCACUGGAGAAAGCUAUGGCUAGUGUUAGCCCGCUAGCUGAAUGUGGAGUGAACCCACAGUAACUUUGGCUCUAACUUUGCUAACUAGCUCCCGCUGCGGCUCGGCACUGUUGUCAGUUAUUUACCAGCACGUCAGCAUCCAGUGAUUUAACAGCACCGUGGUUAUAAGCUCCGGGACAUCUCUGUGGAUUAUAAUGAGCCUGCGUGGUCAGAAAGGAAUGCGAGUGAACACGUGGACAGGGGAUGUUGUCAUGGAUGAGCUGCAACAACAAUGGGAGUGAUGGAGAAUGAGGACGUGCUGAUCAUCUUUGCAAAUCGAGUCUGGUUCUGUGCAUUACCAUGUAGGCUGAGUUGUUUCCACCACUGAGGAAGAAGACCACCACUCACAUGCAGCUUUCAUAAACCUAACACAGGACCAUGGAUCAUGAAGAGCCGCAGACGGAGCUGGACAAGAUAUCUCUGCGGCUUCAGGAGGAUGGCUUGCCUCCGGCAGCCAGUGCGGAGGAGCGGCAGCGCCAUCUUUGGCAGCAGCUGCUCCGAGGUGAGGCGAAGCUCCGGUCAGUCACACAGGAGCUGCAGACCUUACGUACCCAGCAGGCCAAUGAGAUGAAGGAGGUGGAGAGCUACGUUGCACAUAUUCGUGGUCUGUUGGAAGAGCGCGAGUGUCUGACUGCAGACUACGAAAGAGACAAUGAACACUUGCGACAGGAGCUUCACCAGAUCAGACAGCAACAAGAGAGUCAGACCAAAGAGCUGGCGGAGAUGCUGGCUCAAGAGGACCUAGUGGAGAUAGGCUUGAGCAGCCCCAGUGAGCAGGUUGCUUACUUGCUGGUGGAGAGGGCCACGCUGCUGGAAAGGUUGGAGGCAUCUGAGAGGAGACUGGAAAGUCAGAGCUUCAGUGGAAACUCAAUGGAUGGCCACCACCAGGGACCGGAACAUAUUCACCACAUCAUGGGGGAAGAGCUAAGGCAGCGGAGGGAGCAUAUACAGAAGAGCCUAGACAUGACAAAGUGCUCAUCCCAGAGUCCGUGGAAGAAGCUGUUUGGGCUGCGUAGGUCUGGUCAGAGCAAGCACAAUAUUACCCCUGCCCACAGUGAGGAGAUUUCACAAGAGCGGAAUGAGCGCCAGCGGCUGGAGCGGGACCUGGAGGAGGCGUCCAGGAGGCUGGCGAUGGCUCAUCAAGAUAUCCGUCGACUCACCAAUGAGCUGGAUGUCGCCAAAAACAGCAGCGUAGAGUCAAAUGGGUCUGGGCUUCAGGGAAUGGUCCAAGAAGUAGAAAACCUGAGGAGGGAAGUGGACAAACUCAAACACUGUGAUUUGAUGAAGCUGCAGCAAGCAAAGGAGGAAUACGACAGACUAGAUGCGGAGAACAGAGCUCUGAGGGAGAGAGUGCGCACCAUAGAAUUCAAGAAGAAAAAUCUCCAGGGACAGUUGCCAAUAAAUGAUGCAGACCAAGAAUUUGUAGCUGAGGAGGAUCGAAAGGACAAGAGCAUCAGCAUGGAACCACAAAACAAUCUGUCAGCCUCAUCAGCUCAGGAAAAGGAUAAUAUUCACAAACGGUGUCAUGAGGCGAUGGAAGAUGGGCUCGUGCAGGUCAGAGAGCUGCACCGGCAACUCCAGAAGCUACGCAAGCAACAGGAAGAGCUGGAGGAGAGGAACGAGGAGCUGGAGGCCCUGCUGGGGGAGGCCCAGAAUGCCAGCAAGGAGGAGAGUCAUCGCCAUGAGGCUGAACUGGAGGGGCUGCACAGGAGGAUCAAAAGCCUGGAGGCAGAGCUGAAGAAGCAAGACGCCCAUGAAAAGCUGAUGAGGAACGGAGAUGAGGCCAAAACCACUGAGUCCUACCUACAGCUGCACUUAAGGGACAGUAGCCAGGAGAGAUUGGCUCUGCUUGAGGCACGGCUGACCGAGGAGAAGGACUGGAGGAAACAGUUGGAGUUGGACCUCAGUGCUGCUCAGGCUGCACUCAAGAAAGACAAAGGGGCUUUGCAGAUAGGUGAGCGAGAGCUGAAGAAGCUGAGACUGGAGGUCAACAGCCUUCAGACCGAAUGUCAACAAGGGAAAACGCUCAUCAAGAGCCUCACACAAGUCAAAGGGGAAAAAGCAGUUCUGGAAGAUAAGUUGGCCCAGAUGGAGCGCGCCCACAGCCGACUCCAGAGCGAGCUGGAGCACCGUAAAGACAAUAACAGGACCCAGGAGGACCUGAAGGAAAACAGGCUUCAGGUGCAGCAGCUGCAGGAGCAGGCUGACCGACUGACUGCUGAACUCAGCAGCCUCCAGACAGCAUACACCACUCUGAGGGAUGAAAUGGUUUCUGAGCGGCGGCAGAGUGCAGAGCUCCAGGCCAAGCUGAGCUCCAGUGUCCAGGAGAAGCUGGCAGCUGAGGGAGAGAGAGAGAGACUGGAGCUCAAGACAGAGCGGCUCAACGAGCAGCUCAAGUGGUAUCAAGAGCAGCUUGCCUCCACAAAGGAAGCACUUAGUAGCAGCCAGAAGCUUGAACUGCACACUGGUCAUACUGAAUCAAGACUAAGUCCAGUGGAGAGGACCAAGGAUGAAAGCUUGGAUCAGCUUUCAUGUCUGAAACAGGAGCUGAGUCAUAUGCAGACCAAGCUAGAGGAGGAGCGGCAGCUGGCCCUCCAGCACCAACUGGCCCUGCAGGCUCAAGUCAAAGAAGCCCAGGCACACAUCAAAUCCCAGGACUCGGUGCUGAACCAGAAGGCAGAGGAGGCCAAACAGAUGAAGCAGGACCUGCAGAGGGCCCAGAGCCUGUUCACCUCAGCAGAGAGAGAGCUGCGCUAUGAGAAAGAGAGGAACAUGGACCUGAAGAGACACAACACCCUGCUGGACCAGGAAAAACUCAAGCUUUCUGCAGAACUGAAGCAGGUCCAGACCAAGCUGGUGCAGGUCGAGCAGACUCUCCACGCUCAGUUAGCUCAGAGUGAACGUCAGCAGCAGAAAAUAAGGGAGCUUGAGCUGGAACUGGCACGCAACUCCACAAAUCGCAGCGCCACCACCAGUCUGCAGGAGGAUCUGCAGGCUGAGAGGGCACGGCUCAUUGCUGCUGACAAGAAGGUGUUGGAGCUGCAGCAGCAGCUUAAAAAUGCCCAGCACCAGCUGCGUGUGGAGGAAGCCCGGGCUGGUGAGAGCAGCCGCCUGGAGCGGGACAGCAGGGACCUGUCUGACACCUUGUCAGCCCUGAGAGCCCAGCAGCAUGAGGAGCACAUCACCAGGAAGCUGGUGGAGCAGCGUGAGGAGGAGCUGCAGCAGCAGGUGCGCUCCUUCCGGCUGAAGGAGGCCUCCCUGACCAGGACCAACACGGAGCUCAGCCACCGUGCCCAGCAACUGGACACCCGUCUGGCCAUCCUGGAGGCUGAGCUCAGCAAGGCCAGGGAGGAGGUGAGAAACAGCCAAAAGUCCAGCCACAGACUGCAGGAGGAGCUGGCGGCCAGUCAGCAGGAGUGUGACAGACUGCAGGGGGAUCUGCAGCAGUUUCUCCUCCAACUUGACACGCACGUCAGGAAGUAUGACGAAAAGCAGAGUCAGCACAAGACCAAGCUGCGUCAGGCCAAACAGGUCUUUCUCAAGGUGACUGCACAGAGGGACUGCACCAUCCAGAGACUGGAGAACGACCUGGUCUUGGCCUCCAGCCUCUCGCACAAGGAGAAGGAAAGGAUCCACACAGUGAUGGAGGAAAAUGAGAAGCUUUUAGAGGAGAAGAGGGAACUGCUGAGGAAGAUAAGUGAGGCAGAAGAAAUGGGGAGCAAAGGCAUGAGGACCGCCUCGACCGUUCAACACAGGGUCAACGUCUUAGAAAUGGAAAACAGACAGCUACAGGAUCGGACCCUGAAACUCUCCAAUCAAGUUAGUUCCCUAGAGCGUGCCUUGAGGAAUUCCCAGUCAUUCUACAGCCUGGAGAAUGCCAAGAAGGGGCACCCCUCUGAAAGUCUCUGUGACAGCCUCCUACAUGCAUCUACGCUAAGUUCUCAUAUUCGUGUCACCAGUCUGAUGUCAGGUUCUUGUGACCCACUGGACAUCCUGGACAAAAUCUGCCGUGUGAAGGUGGGCGACCGUACGGUGAUGGACAGCACUCGAGCUUCUGUCUCCUCACACCAGCUAUCGGAGCAGGGUUACCUGAAUCUCACCUCCCCUCUGGUUUCUCCGGAGGCCAAAGGCACAGAGGAGAGCUCUGAUAAUGGUGACAAGGUAUGAGACAUGGAACAGCAAUCCACCAGCAGGAAUGUGUGCUGGAGUUCAACGCGUUUUAAAGCACUUCGUAUUCGCCAUCUACGCUCGACACAAAACUCUUAUUAAAAGGGUGAAAAAUACGUUGGAUGGAUUACAAUAAUAAUUUUAAGAGAGUAAUAAUGAGUUCUGCUCAGGGUGAUGUCACUUUUGUAUUGCAAAGCAGAUUCUUGUUUGACUUGCAAGUGCUGCAUUUUGAUCCAGGUAUGAAAAAUGUGUUGUAUUGAAAACAAUAAGCCUGUGUAAGUGUCAAUCAAAUGUUCGGUGACAUAUGUUAAAAGGGAACAGGAUGUAAUGAGAGAUUUAUUUUGGAGGCUAGCCGACACAAUAUGUACGUGUUCAUACACCUGGAGAGCUGAGGCCUGUUGUAUGAAGCAGGUUCAACAUACGCAGGAUAUGUUUUCAUUAUCCAGCUUCUCUUUACCCAACAUCAGACGUCCUGGGUAACCUGUACUAUGAGGCUGGUCAUCAACUGUCUCAGUUAACUCUGGGAUUUCUUAUUCAGCUGUGAGCGUGUUCAUGUGGAAGAGGUGGAGUCGUUAAUUCGAGUAUAAGCCACAUAAUCAGAACCAUGAAGAAAGUCUACAGUUCUGCUGCGGAGCAGGUUAGCAUGGUGAGUUAAACCUGAUGUUAGCUCGACAACAACAGAUCUUGCUGCUUUGUAGUACAGGCCCCAGAUCACAAUAGUAAUUCAUAGCAAAUCUGGAUUCUUGUGUUGUCUCAUGGGAAAGAUAUUGUUUCUUUUAAGCAUAGCGAUACAGGGUGAGGCACUGUUCUUAACCCUAGUGCAGUGAAUGUCAAACACACUUCCCACCUGUGGAUUCAGAUGAGUUUAAACUGAGCACUUUAUAAGAGGUUUGACUUGUGUUUAUAUUUGAGAAAAUGUAGCAGUGGGAUGUCAGUGGUACGUCUAUUUCCCCCAGUUCAAUUUAGUCGGGGCAGUGUUUUCUAUGAAAAAAUGCCUGUGGUGUUGUAUGGUUAUGGUUUUACUGUGUCAAAAAAACCUUUAAACACAUCAAGUUGUCAAUGUUGAUUUCAAAGACAACAUUGAUAAUGUCGUGGAACCACUUUGUCUAACAUGAGACUGUGUGGUAAACAGUCCCCCUCUAUUCUGAGGAGCGUGUCAGCUGCAGCCACUCCAGUAUUUACAUCGUGCAGCUUGGCUUGUGGUUAAAAAAAAAAAAGACAAACAUCCAAAAUGUGGGAAAAGCCACAGAAGCUAGUUUGGUGUAUUUUGAGCUUCCAGAGCUGUUUUUUUUUUUCUUUUACAUUGGUGAACCUCGAAGGUUCUUGUACUUGUACUUUAGCCACAAAGCAGAGAGUUGAGUUUUAUACAUAAGAUUAAUUAAAUUGAAUGAAUUACUACUGUUAAUGUGUUGAGUUUCAGUAGUGGUUUUACACAGUGGAAGCUUUGUAGUCUUUUUGUUUUCAAUGUGCCUGAAAUGAUGAAGUGUUUAAAACUUUAUCGUGCUGCUGCGUUCGUCAACACAUUUUAUAACACAAGCCUAUUACGCGACAGACAUGUAAACUGUGAUGUAGCUGUGUAAAUAAGUUUUUUUUUUAAACAAAAUUAUUUUCAUA